AAAAAAAUUGACAGCUGUCAGUUAACUUCAGUAUCUUAGAACAAUAAAUAAAAUACCUUGUCCCUCUAAAUAAAAAAAAAAAAAAAAAAAAAUAAACAAACAGGGUACGAUUAAUUGCGUCGUUUACAAUAAUGAUAAAUAAAUAAUCAGACAUUAGUGUCAUCGAUCACCGUGAUCACUAAGCACACGAGGAGUAAUAAUAAAAAUAAAAAUUACAAUAAUUAUGUAUUAAAAUUAAAAAAAAAACAACAAGGCUUUAGACAAUAGAAAAUGUCAUUGUGUCUGAUAAAAUAGACAUUUAUUUUACCGACUUUUACACGUAGGACAAAAAAGGGAAAAGUCACCUGUCAGACUAAGGUUACUUCAGAUUCGGUAUUUAUUACUUUCAAUAAAUAAAUAAAUUUACAAUAAUGACAUCUAAAGUAACAUUCAAAAUAACCUUGACGUCUGAUCCAAAACUCCCGUUCAAAGUAUGAGUCCAAUAUUGAUUGCCAGAAGAUGAAGGGAGACUUGCAAAUAAAAUAAAAAAUAAAUGAACUAAAAAUGGCUGGAGAUUUUGAAGAAAUAUUGAAAACAUUCGAUGCAUAUUUAUCUUUGCUAGAAAACAAAAACCAAAAAAUAACACUUGAAAAUAUAACAACAGCAUUUAACGUUUCAUUAUUUGUCGAGGCUGUGGUGGUUAGAGCAAAGGAUGAUAACAAAUUAAGAGAAUUUGAAAGUAAUUUACACGGUUACUGGAAUUCUAUUAACCGGACCCGGUUGUACACGUGCACCGAGUUGCAAUUAGCGAGCGAUCGUUUACUAGAAGUCUUUCUGAAGGAUAAAAAAAUCCCACGGGAUGUAAUUGAUAAGUUACUGCACUUGUAUGUCCAGCAUUGCGGUCACAAUCGACUUAAUAAAUUUUUCAAUAGUCUUUUAACAGACACGCUGGCUGCUAAUGUCCUGCUGACUUCUCUGGUGGAGAUCGGGUUGCCUACAGAGACUAUUGAAGACGAGGCGCGAACAAUAGCUUGGGACCACGAGGUCUCUUGUGGAAAACACGAGCAAGUUGACCAGUUGAUCCAGCUGAUGAUCGUUGAUGGGCAUAUAAAAAGAGUCCUCAGCACUUUUGAUUCCCUGAGUGCCGACAGCCCAGCGAAGAAAUUAAUUUGGAGUAAUUUGAGUAAAUACGCUCAUGAUUAUGAUGUUCCUGUUUGCUUGGCGCUUGUUGAUGUCGAAAGAAAGCUGAUGGGGAAGCUUUUAGAGGAUUGUGAUUUUAAUCACAAUUUUAUGGACGCUAUUUUUUACUUCGGGCGAAAUAUGAGCUGGGACGGCAGCGCGUGGAAGUCUGAUAAUUCUUUUAGUUACUUUCAUUUGGUUAAAGUAAUACGGAAGUUAUUAAAUGUUUCGGAUGAUGUGAAUCGAGUUGUUGCAGAUCGUUUACAGUCUGCUAAAGCAUUAGUUGACGGAUCAAUUUGGGUUGAAGUUGAAAGAGAUUGUUUGCAUUAAAUAUAUUAUUAAUUAUGAAUUAGUUCAUUGAUUUUUUAAUUGAAUGUCAAGUUUUGUUUGUAAAUAAAUUUUUUACU